AUGUCGCCCCCGAAGCCCACGGCCCCUGAAAUUCACAAGGCCGUCAACCUGUUAAUUGACAAUUUAGUCAACAUCAAAGAUGAGACAGGAAGAUUCCUGCUGCCCCUUCCUGAUGGGCGCAUUAUUGAUACCAAAUCAUGGCAGGGCUGGGAGUGGACACACGGGAUUGGACUGUACGGCGUGUGGAAGUACUACGAGCUGACGGGCGACGAGAGAUUGUUGCGCAUCAUUGAAGACUGGUUCGCUGCACGUUUUGCCGAAGGUGGCACCACCAAGAACAUCAACACGAUGGCCGUCUUUUUGACUCUUGCCUAUGUUUAUGAGAAGACAGGCAAUGUUAUCUACCUGCCGUGGCUCGAUGCAUGGGCUGAGUGGGCGAUGUACGAGCUCCCCCGCACUCGCUACGGCGGCAUGCAGCAUAUGACGUACAUCACAGAGAAUUACCAGCAGCUCUGGGACGAUACUUUGAUGAUGACUGUCAUGCCACUAGCGAAGAUCGGAAAGCUUUUGAACCGACCCCAAUAUAUCGAAGAGGCGAAGAAGCAAUUCCUUACUCACAUCAAAUAUCUUUUCGAUACAAAGACCGGUCUCUGGUUCCACGGAUGGACGUUUGAGGAUGGCGGACACAACUUUGCAGAUGCCCGAUGGGCUCGUGGCAACAGCUGGGUCACAAUCGUCAUUCCAGAGAUCAUCGAGUUACUCGACCUCCAGCCAAAUGACCCUAUUCGUCUUCACCUGAUUGAUACUCUUGAAGCUCAGUGUGAGGCUCUGGCUCGUCUUCAGUCAUCGUCUGGCGCGUGGCACACACUCCUUGACCACCCAGACUCGUAUUUGGAAUCCUCCGCAACCGCUGGAUUUGCCUACGGCAUCCUCAAGGCCGUUCGGAAACGUUACAUCGGUGCCCAGUACCGGCCAGUUGCAGAGAAGGCCAUCAUUGCGGUGAUGGGAUACGUGGAUGAGAAAGGAGAACUGCAGAAUACCAGCUUUGGCACCGGAAUGGGUGACUGUCUUGACUUUUACAGAAAGAUUCCAUUGACCUCGAUGCCUUAUGGUCAGGCCAUGGCCAUUAUGGCUUUGGGCGAGGCCUUGCGUGAUCUCCUGUGA